UCUUCAUAGGUGCGCCGUGCCGACCUUAAUAGGUGCUCGCUAACAACACUUCCCCCAAUAGUGUUGUUAGAGGCGAUAUGGGGGAAUCUGUGUCCUGUGCCUGUGUAUUGUGUGUCUGUGUCUAUGUGUGUAGUGUGGGUAUUGUACACGGCGUGUCUGUAGGCACGUGCAUAUCCAGGUGUGUAUUGUAUGUGUGCAUGGGAAUGUUGCUGCGCGUUUGAAUACCUGAUCCAUCAACCCCAUCCCUACGUGACCCAUCAACCUCCAGUGUGUCUGUGGGAUGACUCAAUCCACACACACACAUCCCUCCCUCCGCACGCCGCCUUUGUCAACGGCGCUGCCCGUGUGUAAUGACACCACUGUGUCAAUUGUCCAGCCGGGGUGGUUAGGUGGAGGGGGUGAGUGGGGAUGAGAGGCCCGCGUUGAUCAUUGGACAAUGGUUGUUGUGUGGUUAAUUAGUCCUCACGAUCCGACCGCCCCCACCCCCCAUCCCCCAGUCUCAUCCUCUCGGCGGCUCCGCGUCCUUCAGAGUUUGUGAGCUCCGAGGCGGGGAAGGUCGCGGGAAUCGGCGCCUCUCGUCUCGGACGAGGUUGUUGGAAGUCUCGACGGAGAGCACGGGCGCCCUGGGGUCCACGAUGCCGUAGAAACUCGGCGUAGCAAGCGGGCAAAUUGUCAUCUGUGCCAAAGGCACCCGAACAGGGAACCUCAGUCGUGGCUGCGGGGAUCAUCAUCGCGACCGCGGUGUCUCUUCUCAAACGACCUCUGCAAAGAGACGUCGCCAUGCAGGUGCCAGCGACUCACGGCGGGCACGCAGCAACAGCGGCGGCGUCGACAGCGGCGACCGUGGCGGCCGUGGUGGCCACGACCCUGGGGGUCGUCGCAAACGGCACGGACGCGAGCGGCUGCCCCGAGGAGACCUUCGAGGCGGCGCUGGAGAACGGCACGCUGCCCGACUGCGGGGCCGACCUGUCCGCGGCGGCCGUGCUGCUGCCCGUGGUCCACUCGUUGGUGUUCGCGCUCGGCCUGCCGGGGAACGCGGCGGCGCUGUGGCUGUCGGCGUGGCACGCGCGCCGGGGCAACGUCCUCGCCGUCUACCUCCUGGGCCUGAGCGCCAGCGACCUCCUCUACGUCGCGGCGCUGCCGCUGUGGAUCGAGCACGCGGCGCGCCGCCGGCUGCGCUGGGCGUGGGGCGACGCCGCGUGCCGCGCCGCCGCUUUCCUCCUGGACGCCACCAACAGCGCGGCCGCCCUCUUCCUCUGCUGCGUCGCCGUCGACCGCUACCUCGCCGUGGCGCACCCCCUGCGCUCGCGGCCCCUCCGCCGCGUCCGCGUCGCCCGCGCGGUCAGCGCCGGCGCGUGGGCGGCCGCCGUCGCCGAGCACGCCCCGGCGCUCGCGCACCCGGCCGUGUCGCGCGCCCACGCCGCCUGCCUCGACCGCUUCCCGCUCGAGCGCUGGGCGGCCGGCGCCGGCCUCGCGGUCGCCUCCGUCGGCUUCCUGCUUCCGCUGGCCGGGACGGCGGCCGCCUACGCGGGGGCGGUGCGCGCCGUGCGCCGCUGCCCCGCGGUCGGGCGUCGGCGCGGGCGGCGCGUUCGGAGGGUCGCCGUCGCCGUGGUGCUCAUCUCGGCGCUCAGCUUCGGGCCCUUCUACGCGGCGCUGCUCGUGCGUGCCGCGGCGCGCCUCGCGCUGGGCCCCUGCGCGGCUUGCCGCCUCGACGCCCGCGUGGCGCCCGCGUACGAGGCGGCGUUCGCGCUCACGGCCGUCAACAGCGCCCUCGACCCCGUGCUCAACGCCCUCGCCGUGCCGAGCGCCCGCGAGCCGCUAGCGCGGGCGCUGGCGCCGCUCGCCGGGUGGGCGAGGGAGGCGGCGGCGCGGUGGCCGUGGCGGAGACGAAGCGCCGUGCCGGACGCCGUCCCCCCGUGCCCCCCACAGUGCCCACCCCCGUGCUCCCCACAGUGCCCACCCCCGUGCCCCCCACAGAGCACCCCCCCGUGCCCCCCCACGGUGCCCACCCCCGUGCCACCCACAGUGCCCACCCCCGUGCCCUCCACAGAGCACCCUCCCGUGCCCCCCACAUGCGUGGAGGAGGAGUCAGCCCCAGCACCGCUGUCCAGUGACACGGAGAUGGUUGCUGGGAUACGGUUGCCUGGAGACGGAUGCAGUGAGGAUGUCCUAUCGAUGUCGGAGUAG